AACGUUGCAUUGGUUUUCCGAGUCCAAUGAAGUGUCUUCUGCUGGAACCUGGUUUACAAUCGUCAAGGGACACGUUUUACUCUUUCUAUUAUUUUUAUUUCAGUUUAAGAUUUGUGAUAAAAGAUGUGUCAUCUGUUAUCUAGUUGUAUAGUAUCACUGUUUAAUGCUUUUCAUUUUAAUUUCAUGUACGCCCUGUUACUUUUUACUGUACUGGAAGUGAAGAGAAGGUUAUGUUGUUUUCCUCCUAUAGGUGUCAUACCUAGAAGUCAAUGUCAAGUCGUAAUUUCCUAAACAGGUGUAUCAUUGGUUUCUGGACUCUCUUGUCAAACAUUGGCUCAAGGAUUAAGGAUUUUGCAGAGCUACACUGACAUAGACGUCAGUGUUGUACAUCUGACGCACAUGACCAGCUUGAUUGAUAUAAUUGUUUCUCGAGUCUGUAGGCUUUUGGUUUAUCAGCCAUGGCUGAGCAGUGUUGUAAGGAAUGUGGCUGUCUAUGCCGAAGUUGUGACCAAAGCACACUUCAUCUGCAUGUUGAAAUAGAAAACUUAAAACAGCGCUUGGUUGAGAGAGAGCGUCAUAUUGUCACAAUGGAGACAAACUUUCUAUCUGAGGCAGACAAGUUUCCUGAUGGUGAAUAUGCUGCUUUGACAGAAGAGCUUCUUACAUGGCAGGAAAAAUAUUCUAGGCUGUACGAGUCAUAUAAGAGGGUCCAGAAAGUCAACCAAGGGCUUGAGGACAAAUUGCUCAGAGUCGUUGAUAAAUUUGAAAGUGAAAAAGGAGCCUUAACAAAAGAUGUUGCAAGUUUAACUCAAAGGCUUGUUGAUGCACGUUUUAAUGUCAAUCGCUUUCAAGAAGAAAAUGAACGGUAUAGAAAUGAUUUAAAUUUAGCAAUUCAAUUUCUUCAGUGUAAACCAGCAAAUUUUGUAUCUCAGAAAUUUGAACAAUUACCUACCGAGCUCCAACAGAAGGUCAGAACAUACAUGACAAGCAAAAGAAGGCCAUCUGAGAGUAAUUGUCUACCAGCUAAGGUAGAAAGAAGAACAAUCAAAGUGCCUAUUCCAACAUUUCCACCCACUGCAAUGGUGUACUCAGUUAAUAAAGCUCCAUCUGAGAAAGACAUGAGUGAUGAAGAGAGAGAAGUGGGCGAGGGAAAACCUCCGGUUGACAUAGUUUCAGCUGCAAUACUUGCUAAAAUUCUUGAAGAAAGGGAACGUGAGAGACACCUUACAAAACACUGCACAACAUGUUCUUGUUCGUCACUCAUGAGGGUUGAUGCUAAUACACAGACAGACAGUUAUGAGCCUAUCAGCAAUUCUCCAAAUAGUCCUGCUUUGAUGAAUCUUCGUUAUUCUUCUUCGUUACUUGGAAGUGGCGAGGCUAGUCAGGUUCUAGUCUCACUGACAGAUGAUCCAUCAGGUUUGACAAUCCCUUCAUCACAGUGCUCUAGUGUCAAACAGUCACCCAGAAAUUCCAUUGCCAGAUCAAAAUCGGAAGAAGAUAGGUACGAUUCUCAAAGACUAAAUCAUAUGAAUAACAUAAACAAAAAUUUUGAAAUGAGUGGCUGGGAUGAUUGGAAUGUAAAUGUAGGUGAUUCCCCCAAAACUCAAGAAGCCAAGCAAGUUGAGUCAAAUAGCUCCCAAAUUUCUGAUGUAAUGCUGCCCUUUCCAAAGCAAGAGGUCAUACCUAAAGUUUCAAUCAACAAUAGUCCAGGUAUUUGCAGAAUGAAUUCCACUGUCAUGCACAGUACAGCUGGAUCUCCCCUGGCUCCAAGCUGGAAUAAAACUGAUGUUUCCGCUACAGAUUGCCUGGCUAGCAAAAAGACCAGAAUUAAAGGAAAAGUUUCGAAUAAUCAGGAUUGUUUGGUAAACUCAUCAAAACCUCUUGAAAAUUAUACAAAAGGUACUGAAUUUAAUGCUACCAAUGAUUUCAAGUCAGACAAUAUUUCACAAAGUUAUAAAGUUCUGCAUAAUCACCCAUCAAAAUUGAAUCAGACCAGACUACUGCCUGAAACUAAAUUGUUUGCAUCUGGUGAUAUGGUUGAAGUUCUCCCCACUGAUUCCCUGAUGUAUUCAGUUGAAUGUGAAAGGCGAUUAGGUCAGAUAUCAUUAAAAAAUGCUUCUCAGCCAUUGAAUUCCUCUCCUCCUCCUGGAGAGAGAAAGGAUAAGGAAAAAGACUCUAGACCAUUAGGCCCUAGACCCUGCUCAUUGAGAUUCCAAGCUGGCUCUAAUAAUAUUCUUCUUGACAAUGCCCAAUCAUAUGAACCUGUUCUCUAUACUAGCAGGCAAGCCAAUGCAAAUGUAGUGGUAUCUCCUCCUAGAAUAAAUGAUACUCUAGCUCUUGGUUCAAACGCCCGUUUGGACUCAGCUUCUUGCCCAGAUGAUUUGGCACAUUCAUCACCAAAUGGAAGUGAUCAAAUUAUUUCCCCUGGUAGUUCAUUAAAUAUUCAAAAGCUGUCUCAAAGAACUGAAACAGGGGUUUGAUGUUUCAGAUGUAGGAAUCAAGCUACAGCCAUAUUUUGGUGUCGAGUUUUAUUCCGACUCUAUUUACUACUGCACUACAUUUGCUUGAUUAUUGUUCCUGAGAUCUAGUCCCAUAUUCGUUUUGAGAUAUGUUGACUUUGUGAAUAGGAAAUACUCAUGAAAUAAUAGUUAUAGGACUACUCUCAAGUAAUUCUUUGCUCUUCCAUACUUUGUCAACUUUUGCCUAGUUUUAAUGUUUUUGAGGUGAUACCAUGAAUUCCCGACUGUUGUGUGUCUCAGCUGUAUUCGCGCUCCAUCUCGCAUUUAAGCGUGCGCUGACCCCGCGUUAUUGAGAGAGAGAGAACUUCUCAGUUUAAUGGCCUCUUCCCCGCGUUAGUGACAGUGGUCUACUCUUACUAUAGCUGUCGGUGUCGGUAAUGUCGAUGACAGCCUCCUUGUAUGUGAGAUCUAGAAGGAGAAUCCGCGGGCGCAGAGUUGUUUGUUUUUGUGGGUUAUAAAUCUUGUUUGUGAUUUUGUAAAAUUUUGGGAGUAAUUUACUUUUUACCUUUUUGGGUGUUAUUUUUUUCUGGGGCUGGGAGGGGGGGUGUUGUUGAUUUUGUUGCUGUUCAUUCCAAUUAAAUGUAAUAAAAUGGAGUAAAGGGCUCAUAUUUGUAAUGGAAAAGCUCAAAUAUUCAGUGCAUUUGUGAUCAAGUGCGGCAGCAUGAGUGUUUUUGGUAAGAAUCGCGUGCAAGGAUAUAUUGUGUGGUUAAUAAGUCGUGUCUGUUAAAAUCUCUCAAAUUCUGUCUGGCAAAUUUUUAUAUUAAUUUCUUAAUUGGCUUUGUAAAGGCUCAUAGAAUUACUCUGAUUAUGAACUACUGUGAUCUGACUAGGAUUAUCAACCUUUAGUGGUGUCUUAGUAUGUAGGAAACACUAGCCAGAUAGGAGUAAAGUGGUAACAUCCUAUCAUCCUAAAAAGUUUCAUUUUUUGAUUGUUUUUUAUUUUAAUGUUUUUUUUGAACAUUUACCUUCUGAUUAAAAAUGACAUUGGUAUUGUCUUGGCUGUUAAAAUUCCCCCAGUUGGAAAGUUUCCUUCAGGGUGCCCCACAAGCCUGGGAGACAAGAUAAAUUUUACUGGUAUAAGUCAGUGUGUUAUAUCAGUUUUUUAUGUACGUAAAAGCUUCCUCAGCUGCUAUAUAGUCUUAUUUAUACAAAUGUAUUUUGACAUGUUAGUUCUAUUCCCUGAAAAAUGUAAAAUUUAUCUUGUUCCCAGCAGCCAUGCUCCCUACUGGAGAAUAUUCCUUGGUUCUUCUCCAAGGGGUGCUUUGCUUAAUCUUGCCCUCAUUUUUGAAGUAUGGUUCACUUCUUCAUAAUUUUAGACACUCAGCGAAUUUUUAAUAUCGGAAUUAUUAAAUUAGUUUGUGUUUGUGGUAUGGUACUGUACUUUAGGUUUUGUGUUUAAAAAAAGUGGAAAUUGUCUUCUUUCUACCAAAAUCAAGUAUUCAUGGGCUAUUUUUACCAAUGUUUUAUUCGAGUUUCUCUUUUUAUGAAUUGUGUUUCAAACCGAUGGGAUGAUUUAAAAUAAAGUUUGGAAUAGAUUCAUGGGAA